CUUGUUGCAGAUCCUUGCGCCAGCAACCCUUGUCACCAUGGCAACUGCAGCAGCAGCAGCAGCAGCAGCAGCGUUGGCUACCUCUGCAUUUGCAAUGAAGGCUAUGAAGGUCCCGACUGUCAACAGGCACUUCCCAGUCUCCCAGCCUCGGGCUGGACGGAGUCCAUGGCCCCCAGGCAGCUUCAGCCUGUCCCCGUUACCCAGGAGCCUGACAUAAUCAUGCCCCGCUCUCAGGCGACAGUGACACUGCCAACCUGGCAGCCGAAAACAGGGCAGAAAGUUGUAGAGAUGAAAUGGGAUCAAGUGGAGGCACUUCCCAGUCUCCCAGCCUCGGGCUGGACGGAGUCCGUGGCCCCCAGGCAGCUUCAGCCUGUCCCCGUUACCCAGGAGCCUGACAUAAUCCUGCCCCGCUCUCAGGCGACAGUGACACUGCCAACCUGGCAGCCGAAAACAGGGCAGAAAGUUGUAGAGAUGAAAUGGGAUCAAGUGGAGGUGCUCCCAGAUAUUGCCUGUGGGAAUGCCAGUUCUAACAGCUCAGCGGGUGGCCGUCUGGUUUCCUUUGAAGUGCCGCAGAACACCUCAGUAAAAAUUCGGCAAGAUGCCACCGCUUCGCUGAUUUUGCUAUGGAAGGUCACGGCUGCAGGAUUUCAACAGUGCUCCCUCGUAGACGGACGAAGCGUGACCCCCCUCCAGGCUCCAGGGGGCCUUGUCCUCUUGGAGGAGAUGCUCACCUUGGGGCAUAAUCACUUCAUCGGUGAGUUAUGA